CCAAAGGUCCAGGAAACAAAAGUCUUUCCUGCAUGGGCCUCACGUGCUACAUGCCACUCACUCACUGCCUGGAAGUUCGCUGCCGAAGCGGGUCUGCCAAGCGGAGUCGCGUGUGAAGGGCUGUCUUUUUCUGAGGUGCUGGUGUUGUGGAACCGAAAAUAUGGCGACUGAAGGUGACAUGUUGCUUUCCACAGAAAAUGUGACGGACUUUUUAUCUGCAGGCGAGGCCGGGCGUUCCAUCAACGUGCCGGGCUUGGUGGCCAUUAUCAUCUUCUACCUUCUGAUCCUGGGCAUCGGGCUGUGGGCAGCAUGGCGCAAGAAGGGCACGGAGGAGACCGCCGAGGAUGUAAUGUUGGCAGGCAGGGACAUCGGCAUCUUCGUGGGCUGCUUGACUAUGACAGCAACAUGGGUCGGCGGAGGUUACAUAAACGGGUCGGCGGAGGCAGUGUUCACGAGCGGCCUCAUCUGGUGUCAGGCGCCCUUCGGUUAUGCCAUCAGCCUGACGUUGGGCGGUUUGUUCUUCGCCCGUAAGAUGCGCGACGCUCGCUACGUGACCAUGUUGGACCCGCUGCAGAACGUCUUCGGGCAGCGCUGGGGAGCCAUGCUGUACCUCCCUGCACUCGCCGGAGAGACGCUGUGGUCGGCGGCCAUCCUCAGCGCCUUGGGCUCGACCUUGGCUGUGAUCCUCGACCUCUCGAACAACGUGUCGAUCAUCGUGUCGGCCGCCAUCGCCGUGGUGUACACGCUCUUCGGAGGCCUCUACUCCGUCGCGUACACAGACGUUGUACAGCUCUUCUGCAUCUUUAUUGGGCUGUGGCUAGCCAUUCCGUUCGCCCUGAUGCACGAGGCCGUCGGGUCGCUGAGCCUCAACGAAACCGACUGGCUGGGCUCCAUCUCCGAGGACACGCCGUGGGUCUGGGGCGAGUGGACUGACUUCGCCGUCCUCCUCAUCUUCGGGGGCAUUCCGUGGCAGGUAUACUUCCAGCGCGUCCUCUCAGCACGCAGCAGCAAGCAAGCCCAAAUGCUGUCAUUCGUGGGAUCCUUUGGCUGUUUCUUCAUGGCAAUUCCAGCUUGUAUCAUCGGAGCCAUCGCCAAGGCCACAGAUUGGGAAAAGACGGAUUACACCAAGGACGUCACACAGAAAGAUCAGGCCAAGCUGAUUCUUCCUCUCGUAAUGCAGUAUCUCACUCCACAGUGGGUCGCCUUCUUCGGUCUUGGAGCUGUCAGCGCCGCCGUCAUGUCCUCAGCUGAUUCCUCUGUGUUAUCGGCGUCCUCGAUGUUCUCCAAUAACAUCUACAAGAAUGUUUUCAGACAGUCUGCGAGCGACCGAGAGUUGGUGUGGGUCAUGCGUAUCACCGUCUUGGUGGUCGCCGGCAUAUCAACGGUGAUCGCCAUCAAAGGAAAUUCUAUCUAUGAGCUUUUCUACCUGUGUGGUGACUUCGUGUAUGUCAUGCUGUUCCCGCAACUGACCCUGGCAGUGCACGCGCCCAACUACGUCAACACGUAUGGUUCCAUCAGUGGAUACGUCCUUGGUUUCAUCCUCAGAAUCUUGGGUGGUGAAAAGGUGCUUGGAAUCCCAGCUGUGAUAAAAUAUCCGUUUUAUAUUGACAACGUUCAGUAUUUCCCCUUCAGGUAAUGGACUAUAUGUUGUAAUUAUAAG